AUGGCGGACCUCGAAACCGCACCGGCAGCCAAAUUCCGGUACCGGAGAUUGAGCUACAGCGAGGAAUUUGAGGAGGCGUUUGGUAGAUACAGAGGAGGAGAACGGAUUUUGAAGAGAUCGAAGCGGUGGUUCAGAAUCAGAAAGGCUUCGUCGAUUGGAAGGAGAUUGAAGAAACUGAGAAUCCCUAGCUUGAGAAAGCUUUUGAGGAGGAAAUCGCAGCUGGUGAAUGCGAUGAGAGGGUCGAUUUCGAAGAUUUUGAAGAGAUUUAGAGAUGGAGAAGCGUAUUUGGGAGAUCUUUUUGCUGGAAAUUACUUGUUUCUUCAGGUUAAUCCAAGCUCCAUGAAAUGCUUGAAGAAUCAUCAUCGAUUUCCUCUUCAAAAUUUCCCUCAAACUUAUUCCCUCCCAAGCUUUACCUAA